UUCUCAUUUCCAACCAUUAAACUAAAGCUCAAAUAAUUCACUUACUACUAUUUUUCACUUCUUCUCUCUUUUGUUGAACCAGAGUUCUAUCUUCUCAACAAUGGCGCAAAUUCCUCAUAUAGCAAUUUUACCUUCUCCUGGUAUGGGUCAUUUAAUCCCUCUUGUCGAAUUUGCUAAGAGAAUUUUUCUCCAUCAUCAGUUUUCUGUUUCUCUUAUUCUCCCUACUGAUGGCCCAAUUUCUAACGCUCAGAAAAUUUUUCUGAACUCGCUUCCUUCUUCCAUGGAUUAUCAUCUUCUUCCUCCUGUUAAUUUCGAUGAUUUACCUGAAGAUGUUAAAAUCGAAACUCGUAUUUCACUCACUGUUUCUCGUUCUCUUACUUCACUGCGUCAAGUUUUGGAUUCUAUUAUUGAGUCGAAGAGAACAGUUGCCCUUGUUGUUGAUUUGUUUGGUACUGAUGCAUUUGAUGUUGCUAUUGAUCUGAAAAUUUCUCCCUAUAUUUUUUUCCCUUCCACUGCUAUGGCUUUGUCUCUGUUUCUCUACUUGCCCAACCUUGAUGAAACGGUGUCGUGUGAGUACAGAGACUUGCCUGACCCGAUUCAGAUUCCGGGUUGUACUCCGAUCCACGGAAAGGAUCUACUUGACCCGGUUCAAGACCGGAAUGAUGAAUCCUAUAAAUGGCUUCUUCAUCAUGUGAAGAGGUAUGGAAUGGCAGAAGGGAUAAUAGUGAACAGUUUUAAGGAAUUGGAAGGAGGAGCCAUUGGAGCUCUACAGAAAGAUGAACCGGGUAAACCAACCGUUUACCCGGUUGGCCCGCUUAUUCAGAUGGAUUCGGGUAGUAAGGUUGACGGGUCGGAGUGUAUGACGUGGCUGGAUGAACAGCCACGUGGCUCUGUGUUAUACAUAUCGUACGGCAGUGGUGGGACCCUAUCUCACGAGCAACUUAUUGAAGUUGCAGCAGGGUUGGAAAUGAGCGAACAAAGGUUCUUGUGGGUAGUUAGAUGCCCUAAUGACAAAAUAGCUAAUGCUACUUUUUUUAAUGUCCAAGAUUCAACGAACCCUCUUGAGUUUUUACCAAAAGGGUUCUUGGAAAGGACCAAAGGGUUUGGUUUAGUGUUGCCUAAUUGGGCCCCACAAGCUCGAAUCUUGAGCCAUGAGUCGACUGGUGGAUUCUUGACUCAUUGUGGGUGGAACUCGACUCUUGAGAGUGUGGUCCAUGGGGUACCACUUAUAGCAUGGCCACUCUAUGCGGAACAAAAAAUGAACGCGGUUAUGUUAAGUGAGGAUAUAAAAGUGGCACUAAGGCCAAAAGUGAAUGAAGAAAAUGGCAUAGUGGGAAGAUUGGAAAUUGCUAAAGUUGUGAAAGGACUAAUGGAAGGUGAAGAAGGAAAAGGAGUGCGCAGUAGAAUGAGGGACCUUAAAGAUGCAGCAGCCAAAGUGCUAAGUGAAGAUGGUUCUUCUACAAAAGCAUUAGCUGAAUUGGCUACUAAAUUGAAGAAAAAGGUGUCAAAUAAUUGAUGUAGCUAACCAUUAAUAUUGUUGGACUCCUCUAGUGUACUCGUUAUCGUGCCCACGAUAAAUGCUAGGUACACAACUCUCCUAUGUCUCUAGCUAGUCCCAUUCCUAGUUAGCAAUAAUUGUUCUUUGUAAUUGAAAAGUUGGACAUGUUUUGGCUUAUGACUUUGUGUACAUUUCCUAUUCUAAUAUUAGUCGUUAUGGAAAAUUGAAUUUGUUUUGAAUUA